GUGAAUUUGGUGUUUUCACUGCUGUUGAGAGUUGUCUUGAGAAACAUUGUAGGAGUGUGUAACCAGCGCUUGUUCACAGCUUUAGUAACUUCCUGUUAGUGUAUUGACUCAGAUCAGGAGAGGCUCAGAGCUGCAGACAAGAUAGUUUUUAGGUGACUGAAGCUGACCCCAUUUGAUUGACAUGUCAAACCCAGUCAUCACCCACCAGCCAGGAGCAGGCUCUUAUGGGACAAAUGUGCAGACGGGCAAGUGGAGCACUGGGCUGUGCUCCUGCUGCAGUGACAUCCUAGUCUGUGCCUUGGGCUUCAUCUGCCCAAUAGCAUUAAGUUGCUACACAGCUGACAAGUACGGUGAGAAUGUGUGCCUGGCCUGUGUUCCAGGAGGCAUGACAGCCAUGAGGACCCACAUGAGAUUGACCUAUGGGAUUCAGGGGACAAUAUGCAAUGAUGCAUUGAUGACCUGUUGCUGUGGAUUCUUUGAGACGUGCAGGAUGGCCCGUGAAAUUCGCAUCAGAAAUGGAGACGUUUGACUUGUACAGUCACUUGAAGACAUUUUCAAGUGGAAGUUAAAUUAACCUUGUGUCACAUAUUGUUGAUACAUAUUGUCAAUGUUAUACUAUGUACAGUUUUACUUUUGUAUUGUUUAAAUUUGACCCCUACCCUCAACCAGUACUGCUUAAAGAAUUCAUGUAUGAACAUAAGAUGCACAAUAAAGUUGUGUUUUUUUCUUGUUUUCAA